CCCAGCGUACCAGCGCCAGUACUGCCUCCCGCUCUUAUAAUGAAACGGAGGCCCUUUCCAUGGGUUAAAUAAUGUGGACCAUUUUCCUGCCUUGAAACUCCCACCGUUCUCUCCUCCUCGUCUUUCUCCCCUUCCUCGCUGCAUGCGGUGGUUGCCUAAUCGACAUCGAUGACCAGAUGCUCAUAGAACCGGGAUGAUCGUGUGGAGGCAUCUGUUUCUGUUGAUCUGGAGAAGACCACGUUCGAUCGUCGGACGCUUUUACGCAGUGACUAGAAGAGUUUCGUGACAGAGAACUGGAAGGGAAUCUUGAUGCAGCUGUGGUCUCAAGGCAGCCAAAAUGGCAACGGAGGACAGGCUCACCUUACCUUGGUCAAACGGAGAAAAGCUGAAGGACGCAGUGAGUAGUAUGGAGAGGGAGCAACUUGAUGAUUCGCAGCAAGUAUCUCCAGAAUCCACCUCGUCUCGCAAGUUCGGCGGCUGGAAGACAUCACCUUACAUUCUAGGAAACCAUGCUCUCACAACAAUAGCAUACUACGGGGUAGCCACAAAUCUAGUGUUGUACCUCACUCAGAUUCUCCAUGAAGGGAAUUCAUCUGCAGCGGCGAAUUACAGUAACUGGCUGGGGACGUCGUACCUGACCUCUCUAAUAGGAGCCUUUUUAGGUGAUGCAUACUGGGGUCGGUAUAGGACCGCGAUCAUCUUCUCCGCCAUUAACCUAUCCGGAAUGGUGAUUCUGACCUUGAGUGUGACGCUUCCAUACCUAAGACCACCACCAUGUCCAGCCGCCAUGGCAGCAAUCCACGAGUGUCCUGAGCCAUCGGUGCAACAAAUAGGAGUAUUCUACUUCGCAAUAUAUUCUAUUGCGUUGGGCGCCGGUGGGUUUCAGCCAUGCUUAUCAGCCUUAGGAGCCGACCAGUUCGACGAGCUCGAUCCAAAGGAAAGCAAACAACAGAAGGUGUUCUUCAGCGUGUACUACCUCUGCCUCUGCGCGGCGGCACUCGUAUCUGGAAGCGUGAUAGUGUACAUUGAGGCAAAUGUCGGCUGGGACUGGGGGUUCGGGAUCUCCCUCGGCGCACUAGUCGUAGGAAAUUUUGUACUUGUACUAGGAAGUCGGCUGUACAGGCAGCAUCCGCCGGCUGGUAAUCCUCUGGCCCGGAUCGCUCAAGUGGUGGUCGCUUCUAUUCGGAAAUGGCAGGUAGUGGCGCCGAAGGAUGACACAUUGUUGUACGAGGUAGAGGACUCGGAUACUUCAGCCAUUCAGGGAACCCGCAAGAUUAAACGAAGCCAUGAAUUCAUGUUUCUGGAUAAGGCAGCAACAGCCAGUGAAGCAGAGAAGCAAGCCGCCCCAGGGAGCUUCAGCCCUUGGAGGCUGGUCACGGUUACACAAGUGGAAGAAGUGAAAUUCAUACUGAGGAUCUUGCCCAUAUGGUUUUGCAGCAUCAUCUUCUCAGCGAUCUACACACAAAUGCUAACCCUAUUUAUAGUUCAAGGUGCAACAAUGGACACCCGAAUUGGGAGAUUCAAUGUUCCGCCGGCCUCCAUCUCUCUCUUCGACUUCAUUAGUGUGCUUUCCUGGGCACCGAUUUACGAGUGGGUGCUUGUUCCGAUGGCCAGAAGCUACUCGGGAAAUGAGCGAGGGUUCACUGGGCUGCAGCGCAUGGGAAUCGGGCUCGCGGUCAUGACCGUCGCCAUGGUGGCCGCGGCAACUAUAGAGAUUGCGAGGCUGAAGACUGCUCGAAUUCACGGCCUCCUUGAUGCUGUCGACGUUCCUGUCCCUAUGAGCAUCUUCUGGCAAGUACCGCAGUACUCGCUAGUCGGAGCCUCAGAGGUCUUCACCUACAUUGGACAGCUGGAAUUCUUCUACGAGCAAAGCCCAGACGGCAUCCGUGGACUGGGAAGCGCCCUCGCGCUAACUACGUUCGGCCUUGGCAAUUUCCUCAGCUCUAUUUUGGUAACCGGUGUCACUAAAAUUACAAGCACUGGAGGUAGCCCCGGCUGGAUCCCAGCUAAAAACCUAAACCGCGGUCACCUGGACUACUUCUACUGGUUUCUUGCCGGACUGAGCACCCUAAACCUAGCACUUUACAUCAAAUGUGCACAGUGGUACCGAAUCACGAGCGCGCAGCUGACCAUCCCCAGCGGCACUUGCAUGAGCCCCACGGGUUGCGCCGAGCACAAGUCAUUCCACGACCAAGAGACGGCAAAUCUGUAAUGGAAUGAUCGACACAGUAGGUUGUCAAGGAAUUGAACCCACCACCAUGAAAUCAUAGCUACCAUUGUUUUCUGAGCACCAUCAGUUGUUUCUAAAGCUGCAUGAUUAGAUGCAGUGCUCUGUAAUUGAAAAAUCUGACAAUUUAUUGUAUUGGACACCA